UACGACUAUUUCAUGGAUCCCAUUUCUACACGAGGAGUGUCAGGUGACACAUUCUCAUCAUUUAGCAAUAAUUAAGAAUUAAAAUUAAAAUACAGUCAAAAAUGGAAGCGAUAAAAAAUUUCGCAAAAUCUACCAUUGUAACGCUGGCUAUUUUGAGCAUUGGAUUAUUUUACACGGUGCUCGUAGCGAUUGGAAUGCUGGUGAAAUCGUUGUACAAGGGAAAGGAUUACUGGUACAUUAAGGACAGGACGCUGCCCCCACUGAUUCUGCAAGACCCCGCGUGGGGUCGUCAUUCCCAUGUUUCAUUGAAGAGCGUAAAAAUUCACUACGUGGAAAAUGGGGAUUGUAGCAAACCGCUCAUGUUAUUUGUCCAUGGAUUUCCUGAAUUUUGGUUUAGUUGGAGACACCAACUGAAACAUUUUGCGAAAGACUAUUGGGUGGUGGCGAUCGACAUGAGAGGUUAUGGAGACUCGGACAAACCGUCGAAAGUUUCAGAUUAUAAAGCCAAAAUGAUAGAAAAAGACGUGGCGGAUGUGGUCAAGGCGUUGCAAAAGGACAGGUGCAUCCUGGUUGGUCACGACUGGGGUGGUAUUAUCUGUUGGGGUGUGGCUGCUAAUUAUCCAGAAAUUGUGGAAAAAUUGAUCAUCCUUAAUGCUCCUCAUCCAUCCACGUUCAAGAAAAAAAUGGAAAGCUCAAUCAAACAGUUCUUAAAAUCUUGGUAUUGUUUUUGUUUUACGAUCCCGUACGUGCCUGAAAUAUACUUCCGAACCCAAGAUCUUGAAGUAUUUCGGGACAUGUUUGAAAACAAGUUGACGGAAGAUGAGUUGGAGGCCUACAAAUAUAACUGGGGACGAAAAGGUGCAUUUACUCCGCCCAUAAAUUAUUAUCGAAAUGCAAUGCAUGCCUCGGAUAUUUUAAACCCCGUGAAAUACCCCAUCAUCACAUCGCCAACGCGAAUUAUUUGGGGAGAAAAUGACCUCGCCCUCGACAUAGAAUUACCUUAUCUUGCAAAAUCUCACGUUAAGAAUUUGGAUAUUCAAAUUGUUCCUGGUGCUAGUCAUUUUGUCCAGUCGGAUCAACCCGAUAAGGUUAACGAGCUAAUUGAAAAGUUUGUUGGGUUGUAGUACAAUUUAUAAUUGACUUUCUUUUAAAAUUAUGUAGACCGAAUAAAUUGUAGUCUUGCUGAA